AUGGCAACUGGUUUGAACAAAGUUCUGUUAACGGAGGGUGAUCUGAUGUUCGAACGCGUCUCAGGGGAGUUCGGAAGCACAAGGGGGAUCCCAGAUUCGCGCAAGACACCAGGUAGUCAACUAACGCUGAAGGAUCGUUCAAUUCACUCCUCGCAGCGACGGGACUCCGUACAGCUCAAAGACAACGCUAAACGAAUUAAAGUGGCGCGCUACAAUGGAGAGCUUGUUUUCGUCAAGAAACUUGAAAGAUCAUCUUUUGAGAUAAGAAGCUCGUUGCUGAGACAAGUAAAAAUGGUUCGUGAUCUGCGUCACGAGAAUUUGAAUUCAUUCAUGGGUGUUUACUCGGAGCCUGGCGACAGUUUCUGGAUCUUUGAGUAUUGCGUGCGGAGGAGUCUUAGCGAUAUAUAUUUAAAUGAAAACUUAAAACUGGACUGGACGUUUAAAUCUUCACUGUUGGUCGACUUGGUUUCAGGGAUGCGGUAUAUCCACAACAGCCCGCUAAAACAACAUGGCCGACUGACGUCACACAAUUGCGUCAUUGACAGCCGAUGGGUCCUCAAAGUUACAGACUACGGGAUCCCUGCGAUGAUGAGUACACAGAGUCCGGAAGAGGAGGCGGUUCGCAGACCAGAAGAUUUGUUGUGGACUGCACCGGAACUUCUGCGAGAUCCUAACCUGAGAAAAACCGGAACCGCGCAAGGAGACCGCUACAGUUUUGCGAUCAUCCUCUCGGAAAUGCUUACGAGGGCGGAACCAUUCUCUAUGCUUCGACUCACACCAAAAGAAAUUAUCGCCAAACUGGUCAAGCCCCCGCCUCUGUGUCGGCCGUCUGUGUCCCAGAAGGACGCCCCACGUGAAGUGAUCGAGAUCAUGAAGCAAAGCUGGUGCGAGAUGCCGGACACCAGACUGGACUUCGACUUUAUCUAUCAGGAAUUCAAGAAGCUCAACAGGGGGAGGAGGGCCAACAUAGUGGACUCGAUGUUUAAAAUGCUGGAGAAAUACUCGAACCAUCUUGAGGAUCUGAUCCGAGAGAGGACGGCAGAGCUGGACGAGGAACGAGCGAAGACUGAAAUGCUUCUCAAUAGAAUGCUUCCACCGAGUGUAGCCGUAGAGCUGAAGGCAGGCCGUACCGUACCGCCAGUCAGCUUCGAACGCGUCACCAUCUUCUUCUCUGAUAUCGUAGGGUUUACCAACAUCUCAGCUCAGAGUACUCCUUUUCAAAUAGUCACCUUCUUGAAUGAUCUCUACACGGCCUUUGACGAUACGCUGACAGAGCACGAUGUGUAUAAGGUUGAAACAAUCGGAGACGCUUACAUGGUCGCGAGUGGCUUGCCAAUUACGAACGGGAACAGACAUGCUGGUGAGAUUGCCAAUCUAGCACUGGAUCUCCUACACGUUGCUGGGUUCAAGCUUAAGAUUCGACACAUGCCGGAAACUCCGCUCCGAUUACGAAUCGGGAUACACUCGGGUCAGUGUGCAGCCGGUGUUGUUGGGCUCACUAUGCCUCGAUACUGCCUAUUUGGUGAUACAGUCAACACAGCGUCUCGAAUGGAGUCUAAUGGAAUGCCUUAUCGCAUUCAUAUCAACCAGACAACCAUCGACAUACUUGAAGAGCUAGGAGGGUACCACGUGGAACUAAGAGGAGAAGUUUAUCUAAAGGGAAAAGGUGUCGCCCGUACCUUCUGGCUGACAGGGAGAGACGGAUUCACCAAGGAGCUUCCUGAUUGGAAGAGCGCAUUAGAAGGUGAUAUCAUGCCACCCGUCACGCCAGCUGUCCCAGAAUGCACUCCGUCUCAGGUCGCCGUCGCAACAGCUGCCGAGUCGAACUCAAAUGACCCCGAUGAUGGUCCCCAGCAAGGGCUCCCCCUACGGCACGGCAGUGCAGGCUCCCUUGCAAGUCUCCUCGCCAUCCCCGAAGGCGGCGUGUUCGAAUCAAACACACUAGACAUUGAACCAGACGACAACUCAUCGGUAUCCAUCGAUGAUGGCGUCCUUCCCUCUGACGUCAUAACACGGACUGUUUUUUACUCGCCUCCGGCCGUCAAGCGUCGCAUGGACCACUUCACCGGUAGCAGGCCGAGCAGCGCUACGAGUUUGGCGCACCGUGGUAGUAGUCGCCCCUCCAGCCGUUCCGGUAGUGUCGCAUGGAGCCUUGCUGAUCCAUCUAGUCGUCCAUCGAGUCGUUUAUCAAACCAUUUUGCUAGUCGUCCGUCCAGUCGUCCUUCCACACCAGCAUCUAAAUAUAAAUCCACUGAGCAACCCAAUGGAGCAGUACAUAUCGUGAUCACAGAUUCGGACGUACCAAGCCGUGCAGUCGCGUGCGUAACAUUGUGUGAGAAUUGA